GGCGCGCCGCUGAAUUAACUGAUGAGAGCGAGUUCUUUUCUUCUCCGGGAGGGGUGGAGAGCGAGGGUCCUGGCGGGCGAGGCGGAGGAGCCUGGGGCAGGAUAGCGGUCCCGGGCCGCCGUGGAAAUUUCCAAGGACUUGGCGCGGCGCAGAGAGCGCGUCUGGGGGGGUUGCCUGGCGGCGCAGUAGCGCGGGAGGCGGCGAAGGGCGCAGGAGCAUCGCUUGGAAGGGGACAAGGGAACGCCACGGGCCAAAUGUCUGGGAGAGAGCCGAGCCUUUUCCCGGACCCUCGCCGAGGGCGACCGUGAUGCGGCAGAACCGGCCGGAGCGACUCGCCGCCACCGCUGUCUGGGCUCUCGGAGACCCCAGCGCCCGCCUUCUGCAGGGGAAGCGACCAUGGCCAUAGAUCGUGACUUGCCCCCCAGCCACUUCCCCUAGAAAGAAAUCCUUGGAAAAGUUGCAUUUAAAAAAACCCUUGCGCUGACCUUUGGGGCCGACGGGGCAGAAGAAGCGUGCGUGCGUUUGCAAGCAAGAGAACGAAAGGUGUGUGUGCAUGGGGGGCCGGCGGUGGGAGACCCUCCGCUGCCACUUCGCCUAGCUUUGUGCUGAGGCCCCGGCCCCCGCCCCUGGGACGCCGGGGCUGCGAUGAGCCCCUGCGGGCGGGCCCGGCGACAAACGUCCAGAGGGGCCAUGGCUGUACUGGCGUGGAAGUUCCCGCGGACCCGGCUGCCCAUGGGAGCCAGUGCCCUCUGUGUCGUGGUCCUCUGUUGGCUCUACAUCUUUCCAGUCUACCGGCUGCCCAACGAGAAGGAGAUCGUGCAGGGUGUGCUGCAACAGGGCACGGCGUGGAGGAGGAACCAGACCGCGGCCAGAGCGUUCAGGAAACAAAUGGAAGACUGCUGCGACCCUGCCCAUCUCUUUGCUAUGACUAAAAUGAAUUCCCCUAUGGGGAAGAGCAUGUGGUAUGAUGGGGAGUUUUUAUACUCUUUCACCAUUGACAAUUCAACUUAUUCUCUCUUCCCUCAGGCAACCCCAUUCCAGCUGCCAUUGAAGAAAUGCGCGGUGGUGGGAAAUGGUGGGAUUCUGAAGAAGAGUGGCUGUGGCCGUCAAAUAGAUGAAGCAAAUUUUGUCAUGCGAUGCAAUCUCCCUCCUUUGUCAAGUGAAUACACUAAAGAUGUUGGAUCCAAAAGUCAUUUAGUGACAGCUAACCCCAGCAUAAUUCGGCAAAGGUUUCAGAACCUUCUGUGGUCCAGAAAGACAUUUGUGGACAACAUGAAAAUCUAUAACCACAGUUACAUCUACAUGCCUGCCUUUUCUAUGAAGACAGGAACAGAGCCAUCUUUGCGGGUUUAUUAUACACUGUCAGAUGUUGGUGCCAAUCAAACAGUGCUGUUUGCCAACCCCAACUUUCUGCGUAGCAUUGGAAAGUUCUGGAAAAGUAGAGGAAUCCAUGCCAAGCGCCUGUCCACAGGACUUUUUCUGGUGAGCGCAGCUCUGGGUCUCUGUGAAGAGGUGGCCAUCUAUGGCUUCUGGCCCUUCUCUGUGAAUAUGCAUGAGCAGCCCAUCAGCCACCACUACUAUGAUAACGUCUUACCCUUUUCUGGCUUCCAUGCCAUGCCCGAGGAAUUUCUCCAACUCUGGUAUCUUCAUAAAAUCGGCGCACUGAGAAUGCAGUUGGACCCAUGUGAAGAUACCUCACUCCAGCCCACUUCCUAGGGACAAUGGAAGAAGAAAGGACUGAACCAGGGUAUUUUUGUUAGGUUUUCUACAUGACUCCAAGAGGGAAUGGUUAAGUUGUUUCAUGGGUUUGCAUGGGCCCUUGGAAAAACAGGAAAGGAACGAUGAUGAUCCAAGCAAAACUUUACUUUCAGUGUUGGCUUGGAGGACAAAUAAGAAAUGAAACAUCCUGUGAAAUACUUUAUAGCACAUGGCAGAUUUGCAACUAGUAAAAUGCUGGUGAAAUGCUGUUGGUAAAGCACAUGGUUCAAAUCUAGAAGAUGCAGUUCAAAAACAAGACAGACUUGAGUUGUUAGGGCUGAGGAACCAAUCAAUAUAGAAUAAAGAAAAUGUUGGGGUAAAAGUGUUGCUGAUUGUCAACACAAACUGGCUUAAUAAUAUUAAUAAGAACCUGUCUUAUUAAGACUGGCUUUAGAACUGUAGGUUUUUAAAAAAAUUAUUAUUUAUUUUUGCCCUCUUUAGGGGAAGUGGGUGGGUAGAUUUAAAAAAUCCCUUCCUGAGUAAUAAAGAUACAAAAUGUUACUGCUGAUAAUUGUGAUUUGUUGAGCCACGUCUAUAUUAACUAUAGCUCCCCUCUAUUUUUAAAAUUUUACAUAAGAAUUGCUUCUUCCUCUUUUGUCAACUCUACAGAGACAAUGUGAAGCAUUAUUGAAUUUAGACUGUGUUGAUUCAUAGUCUGGAUAACAGGAGCCACUUUCCUUCCUCAGAAUUUAGGACAUAAACCCAAUUUUAGGUCUGCAUUAUGUAAGCCUGUUUGCAUUGUCAUUUUUAUUUUAGUGCAAAAGACUACCAAUGAGUGCAUUAUUUAUUUGUAAAUUGGCAUAAUUGUCUUCAUAAUUCAAUAUUCAGAAAUACAGUAAAGCACAAUGAUGGAAAGCUUAGUCUCUGUGGAAGACAGACCAGAAGACAAAUCCCUUUUCUAUCUACUGUGGCAUAUUCACUGCAAGAUAAAGGACAUGUGUGCAUACAUGCAAGAAUGCAUAUAUACAAACAUGUAGACACACACAUACAUACACACAAAGUUAAAGCUCAUUUCUGUGCAACUAUGAAAGCUGAACUCAUAUGACUCGGUAUGGCAAAAAUUUGUAACCAGUGUUGGAGAAUCACAAAUGUGUUAUGCACUAUUACAUGUUGAUAUAAGACAACCAAGCUCACUGGUUACUGCACAUAAUACCCACAGCAGCACGAGAUGCAAGUCUUACCCCCAAAUGCUUACCCGGAAUGAGCAGAAUUAUCUUACUCAUCCUGAUUUUACCCAAAAUCUCAUGAAUGGGCUUGGUGUUGAGCAUGGUCACACAAGGUAUAGUUUGUACAAGUAAAAAGAUGUGAAUUAGUAGCUAUUUAUUUCCUUAGUAGCAGGUAGGACUACUUAGCUUUUUACACGAGCUUUGAUACACAGCAAGAAAACUCUACUGACAGAUUACAAGCAUCCAAAAGUGUUUACAUUUCAGAGAAGGGUAAAGGAAACCUCUCGUUGUCUUCAUACUUUGGAAUGUCUUAAGCUAAAAUGAGACACUGGAACUCAAUCUCUUUAUUAUUUUAAAUGUCACCAAAUUUUAGGUAAAUUGUACCAAAAAGUUCUAGUUUAAUUUUAACAGUAAAAACUUGGCAUACCAUGUUACUAUGUAAACAAUAAUGGCUGGUAUUUUUUGAUGGGUUAAUUUAACAUGACAUCAAUAUAAGAAAGCCCUUGGCAAAAUUCUACAUCAUUGAAGUAGACCAUUUCUAAAUGCAAUUAAAUAUUGAAGUUAUUAUAAAAAUUAGCAUUUAAAAUAUGACUUAUUGAUAGUGCAGAUUAUAUUGUUACUUAGAAAGUUAAGAAUUUGAGAGUAUUGAUUCUAUUGGAGAACUGGUUUGCUAUACAGCAACAAAAACGUGAGAAUGUACCAUGAGGAAACUGUGUUAAAUAUUCACUUUGAGUGAAACUUUGAAUAUGUUCCCUCUUUUGAGCUAUUAUUAUUUAGUAGUUACCUAAAAAAGAACACAUUUUCACUAGUAUACCAUUAAAAAUGUAAAAGCCUUAACAAAAACACAUAUAAAAGUUAAUAAAGUAUGUGUUACUCAGAUUAGUACUUUAAUUGUUAAAAUGUAAUUAAUGAGCUCCAUAAAGCCCAUACAUCACAGUUCCACUGAAAAUAUUAUCUGGACUAGAAUAUCUUAAACUCGGGAAGUGGAGGUUGCAGUGAGCCAAGAUCAUGCCACUGCACUCCAGCCUGGGUGACAGGGCAAGAUCUCAUCUCAAAAAAAAAAAAAAAAAAAAAAAAAGGAGAAGGAAGGAAGGAAGGAAGGAAGAGAAAAAAUAUUAUGCGAAAAUUUUUCAUCUUGUUAUGAUGCCUGGAAUAGAUUUAUGCAGUAGAUUUAUAUAAAUUUUUUAGUUUACAAACUUGUGAAACUAUUUCAUGUGGGUUCUGAAGGGCAAAACAGAAAUGGCCAGUGCUGGUGAUGUUUGAUUAGACCAGUUCUUCUCAGCUGGGAUGAUUCCUUAUCCCUCUCUGGUGACAUUUGGCAAUGUCUGGAGACCAGAGACAUUUUUUGUUUUCAUGACUCGAGGGUGCUGAUAGCAUGUAAUUAGUAGAAGUUAAGGAUUCUGCUAAAGAUCUUACAAUGCACAAGUCAGCCUCUCACAACAAAAUAAUUAUCCAGGCUGAGAUGUCAGUAGUACCAAGGUUGAGACACCCUGGAUUAGACCAAAAUGAAAUUUUGGUUGUUCCACUUUGUCUUCACUUAAAGAUAGACAUACACCCUCACAGCAUUCAAACUAUGACUACAAUUUAAUGGAAAUAUUUUCUUACUGUAGAUUACAACUCACUAGAUAUGCCAUACAUAUGCCUUUUGGCCAUAAUAGGUUAGAUAGAAGUGUGUGUGUGUGUGUGUAUGUGUGUGUCUGCUUGUGUCAUGAAGUUAGGCAUCUCUAUCCUUACUGUGUUAUGUGUUCCUAAGUAAGGACCUUGCUAGAAUCAUCCUGUAGCGUGCUCUGGAAUACUCUAUUAUUAUUAAGAUCUUCAAUUCUAAGCUCCCACUAUCUUUCUUUGUUUAUCUGAAAUUAAGACCUUCAGAAUUGGGCCUGGUACUUUUCCAGAUUUGAUCAAUUACAUUUUGAAAUCACUGACCCUUAAAAUUCAGCUCAGAAGACACUCAAUAAGAAAAUCUUUAAUCACUUUUGAUGAUGCACCUGCCAAGAAGGAGCAUCUCUUUGUACCAUCAGACUAAUUUAAAAAAUUGUUGUGUGGUCAUAAAAAUUUGGCUGCUCCAUGGGGGCAAAAGGAAGGGUGAAGAGGCUAAAAACUAGUAUCCUGAUAGGAUUUUAGUUUUUGUUAGCCUUGAUUUGAGAAUUGCAUUGAUUCCAAAGAUCAUGACUAAGGAUGGCCUCUUUAAUUUUAAUCACACUUCAGUAAAAUUAAGAUAGGUGAAAGAUUAAGUCAUUCCAUAAUUAAGAAAAGUAAUGUUUAUAUGAAAGAUUUUUAUAUGGACAAUGACUCACAGACACAUACGCUUUGUAUAGAGUAUUUUGCCAAAAGUUUAUACAAAAUUGUGCAUCUAAACCGCAUAAUUCUCAUGUAAGAAGUUAAGGAAGUGCUCACUGGAUUUUGCUUCUGUACAAUUCACUUUUAUCUGUCUUCACAAGGGUAGGAAGUAAAUGAUCCCAAAUGGCACAUGUUCAGACAAUACUGUGUUUGGCUUUGUGAUGUCUCAUGUCUUUCUCUUGGCUAAAAAAAAUUGCUUAGGCUAUAUAUAACUUGUACCUGAAGCAAUCUGGAUAACAUGGCUUGAAAUGGAAAAUAACUGAAAAAAUCCUGGGAUUUUAAAUUUGCCAAAAAUAUCCUUGGAUUAGUCAAGGGCUUUACAAGAGUGUUAUAGAUGAUUCAAAAUGGAAACAAUAUUGAUACCAUUUCUUUUCGUCAGCAGUUAUAUAUUCCAGUUUUAUAACUUUAUUAUAUACAGUUUUUGAUUUCUUUAUUAAUAGAAAGUCAGCCAUCCAGAGUUUUAAUUUCUUUGUUUGAAAUAUCGACUUUGAAAUUUUUUCACUGACAAAUCCUUGUCGGGAGGGACCUAAGGGGGAGGGGAAUGUUACCAGUCCGCUGAAAACUUUAGGAAAUGUUCAGUGCGUUGUGUAAAUACUUUCCCACCAGCACCAGGUAAUAUAUGCUCUAUAUUUGUAGAAUUCCAAAGAUCAAGAGCUGUUAAGGAUGUUUAUAUGAACUUGAGGACAAGCUUGUGGAGGAAUAAGGACUGAGACUAAUAUUAUGCUUUUUCUUUCUUUAUCUUCCCAUCAUAUAGGUCGACUCUCAGGUUAUAUGAAUUUUGUUGGGCACACAUCAGGGCUGGAAGUGGUAGAAGUGGGUUAACAAUUUCAAGGUACUUGCAACCUAGGUCAAAGCCUCUAAUAAAGUCAGCAGUACAUAUAACUAGCAACUUCAUUCCACUAUGUGCUAGGAGGAGGGUGAGGCAAGUUGAAAGGAGGAGAUGACCCUCGCCCCAUGCUCUCAGGAUGUAAAAGGGCAGAGUGGUCUCUACCCUUAACCUUGGCUUUUUAGCAUAAUCAGUCUCUGUCCUUUCCCAGGAGAGCUGCCUUGGCUCCAAAGUUGAGCUAGUAGCAUUGUGACUAGAGAGGUAGUGUGGAAAUUCGCUGAGGACCUCAAAAUUUUACACUGCCUUAAACUGUUUUGUUUUUGCUUAAACUCGUGCUGUCUAAAUUUGGGUGUCUUGUGGCAGAGUCUGAUCACCCCGACCUAGUUAUAGCCUUGCCAGGCCUGCCAGCAAUUCUAAAGUGGAGCUUUUCCCCCUCAUUCAUAUGGAUAGUCUGGGUCCUUGAAGCUAGGGAGAUAUCAAAUAUUCCACUAGUUUCUACAUAGCUUCUUUAAAAGUCCUAGAGACUAACUCACAGGAAGUCUGAAGCCCAGAGCAUCUGUUUAUAAACUCCUAAAUAUGAGGCCACAAUAUUUAGAUUGAGCACUACAAAAUUUCUAUUUUGCAAGUGGAAGGAGACUUGAAUCUAUAAUUGUUGUAGGUUUUUUUCCUUCUAUCAUAAGAAAAUGGAUACCAUCUGCUUUACCCUCAGCCCAGACUUGUCUUUUGAAUUUUUUACAUACAUCUUAGGGGUGAGAGAUUGAAGCAAGAGCAUGAAUGAAAAGCUUAUUCAAGCAUAACACAGCCUCUGCUCACCAUUUCAAUAAGGGAAAAUACAUGUUUCUGUUUCCCUCUAAUUUGCUUUCUCUGGUGCCAACAUUUCUGAUUCCUUCUGUCUCUAAAAUGUAAGGAAUAACUACCAUAUUAUAAAUUGACUUACCUUAUUAUAAAUUGACAUACCUGUGAGCAUUUGCCAGACAGUCAAAGCCCAUGACUAUAACUUUUUAAAGCACAGAAGAGGAAUUAUAUUUUAUGGUCACUCUUCUGUGUUUCUAUUGAUCUCUAUAUUGUGCUAAAAUUCUUUCACAUAAUUUUUUUCUUGUUGAAGCUGUGGGAUAUAAGCAAUGAUGCCAAGCUGUCUGAGAAUUUUAUAGAAUAAUAUCCAAAUAUAUUGGUCCUGCCUCUUUCUGCUUCUAUGUAAUUAAACUUUCUCUUAAUGUUUAUUUUUAAAAUAUAUGCUUCGCACAAUACCGAUAAACAUCUAAGAGAUGUGAUUUAAUCCAAGGCAGAGAAAACUAAGAAUCAGUUAAUGUCUAUUUUAUCUGCAGAGUAAGAAAAACAGAAAAUUGUAAUAAAAAAAGGUUUAACCAAACUGAAAAAAAAAGAGAGAGAAGAUCUUGUUUUAAUUUGAAAGGAUGAUUGAGAGUGAUCUCAGAAGAGAGUUCAGCAGGAAGCAAGAAAGAGGCUGUUGACCUUGAGGGGAGCCUCAAGAAUGGAACUUUUUUGAAAUAUUUUAAAGGGAAUAUCUUGUCAUCCAGCUGUUAUGGUUAAUAAUGGAUAGUUUUCUCUCUCUGGGUGAGGCUUAUCCAUUGCACACCUGAUGUGCUGACCCCUGCGAUUUCCCCAAAUGUGGGAAAGUUGCCCGCGUAAUUUGUGGUCAUGGGGGACUGUGUGUUCCUGCUUUUCCCUGGUUACAAAAAACAAAAAACGAGAGAGAGAGAGAGAGAGAGAGAGAGAGAGAGAGAGAGAGAGAGAGAGAAGAUGCUAGAGGAAGCAGUGUGACAGCCAGAUUGUGAGAUGCUGACGGAGAGAACAGAGUGGUACCUGCUUAUCCACUCGGACCAUGACAGUCUCAAGGCUCCACCCUUUGCUGUCCAUUUCCGAGAGGUGCUCUCCGGGGAGUUUGAUCUCAGUGAAACAACACUCCUGUUUUCUUUUUCUUUUUUUGUUGAGACGGAGUUUUUUGCUCUUGUUGCCCAGGCUGGAGUGCAAUGGCGUGAUCUCGGCUCACCGCAACCUUCGCCUCCCAGGUUCAAGCGAUUCUCCUGCCUCAGCCUCUGGAGUAGUUGGGACUACAGGCAUGCGCCACCUCGCCCGGAUAAUUUCGUAUUUGUAGCAGAGACGGAGUUUCUCCAUGUUGGUCAGGCUGGUCUCAAACUCCUGACCUCAGGUGAUCCGCCCGCCUCAGCCUCCCAAAGUGCCGGGAUUACAGGCGUGAGCCACCGCGCCCGGCCCCACGCUCCUGUUUUCAUAGCCUUUUUUUGUCUGUACUUUGGCACAUAUUCCCCAAAUAAGAUUAUUAUUUAGAUCUCCUGUCAUGUUGAGGCAGUGAUAGCAGGAAGUGUCACGUUGACCCUCACCCUUGGAAAGUGGGCUAUGCAUAGCUAGAGUUAGAACAGGAGGUUCUAACUUUGCCUCCACAAUUACUUCAGUAACAGGCUUUUGUAUCCAAGAUUACUUGAGCUGACUUAGAUGCAUUUUCUAGUGUAUACAACACACACACAUAAGCCCUUUACCCGUGGAGAAGAGGGAGAUGGCUGAUUCAGUGGGAGUGGGAAGUGGCAGAGGGUGCCUUAACUUUUUCUGGCUUGACCCCUACUUCCUUAUGUGUUUCCUUCGUGUACCUCUGUCACUUUAGAGAUGUAACCGUGUCUGUUCCAAGUUGUAUCAUUAUUAUCAAGAAGUCCUAUAAAUGUAGCAAAUGUGACUAUUUUAUAGAAAUGAACAAUAGUAUAUAGGCCUUGGAGAAGUCUGAUAAUAGUAUGUAAAUAUCCUUUAUUGAAGUUGUAGAACCUUCUAGAAGGAAGCUCUUUAGGUGAUAACUGCAAGAGGAUUAAUGUUUGUUUCUCCAGCAAACACCAGAAGCAAGGAAUCAAACUCACUGCUUUUCAUUCAGUCUUAAGCACCGCUGGGCUCUCUUGUUGAUAGGUUCCUAUAGACACUCCCCUUAUAACUAAUAUACAGGAUUCACAAUUUAGGAUGACUGAUGGCCACUAGGGUACAUCUUAGAGACACCAGAGAGAAGAGAACAAAUACAGUUCCAUCAAAAAGCCUGCUUAAUCUUUAACAAGUCUGAAAUAUUACUAGAAUUCCAGUUACCAUGCAGCAUAGUUGGUCUAAAAGCACUCGGGAAGAAAGGUGUCGUUUUGGUCUCUUUAACUCUAUUAUGGCACAUUUUAAUAUUAUUCCACAUGUGUGCAAACUGUUUCUCAAGAGCAAAGUUUGAGCCUGGAGAUAAGAAAAAUUUAAACAUCAUUUUUUCUCAUGUAAUAUAAUAUGACUACUAAUUCACGGAUAUAAUAAUUCUGGGAAAAAAUUUAGAUUAGACUAUAAAAUUGAAAUCACCUUUGAAGAGUAUAUAGAAUUGCUUCUUUCUAUUAAAGCCAACCUCCAUUGGCAGAAAGUGUGGAGAAAAUCAGUGUGCUUCAAUUCUUUUUGUAGAGUUUCAUAUAAAAUGUUGCAGGUAGAAAAGAAAACUUUAAUUGGUACUUUCUACAGUGUGACUAGAAAAAUUAGUAUCUAUCUCUGUUGGUUCUGCUGACUUGCUUCUUUCCACCGAAUCUAAAUGCAAUGUCAUAGGAGGAGGUUUGCUGUAAAAACAUGUCUUUUUCUUUGGUGUGUUCAUUGUAAUUAUGGCUGGCAGUGAGAAGGUUCAGUAAGUCUCAAUUUCUCUACCUCCCUUACUUGGAGAAAAUUUGUAAAUGUACCCUGUGAAUAAAAUGAUUUUUUUAUA